AUGGAAGGACAUCAUGAUCAUACCGAGUUCUCCUGCAAAUCAUGCCGUCGUCCGGACUCGUCGAGAGCCAAUAUGAUCGUGUGUGAGCAGUGCCGUUUAUGGGAGCACUUUGAUUGCGCUGGCGUGGAAGAAUCCAUGCAGAGCCGGCCGUUCGUAUGCAAGCAAUGCAAAAACCUGGAUACUGCAGGUUCCACUAUCUCUUCCCGUCUACGAUCCCACACAAAACGCAUUCCGUCUGGUCAGGCAUCGGAAGGUAAGUCCGUCUCGAAAGCUGGCAGUAAGAAAUCAUCGAUAGCCUCGAGCAGCCGGUCGUCUGUGGUCAAAGCACGGCUGGAAUUAAUCGAGGAAGAAGCAAGAGUGAAGCAAAUAGAGCUGGACGAAGAAGAGGCGCUUAUGAAGUUGGAACGGGAAGAAGCACAACGUCAGUUGGAAGUGAAGAAGAAACAGCUAGAAGAGCAGAAGAGACUGGCAGAGGAAGACUCAAAUUUGCGGCAGCGAGCAUUGGAAGCGGAAAAAGUGCGACUGCUGAAGCAACAGUCGAUCCGACGGGAAUCACUGGAGAAAAGAAACGAAAUCGUGUUACAGAUUUCCGAACGUGGCAGCGUAGUGGAGUCAAUGGCGGAUUCCCAAGAAAAGGUGUCGCAGUGGUUGGCAACCAAUUCAUCUCAUGGGAUGACCGAAGGGAAAACUCUGGGGAUUCAACGUGGUCCUCAAACUGAACUGGUUCCUCCGGCCCCUAGAGAAGUUCCGAAACAGAUCAUCGAAGCACCUAUCGGCAGCAAAGGCAUCUCGAAGUUACCAUCACCGGAGCCACAAGCUCAAGAUGCGAGAGGUUUCCAUCGCUCAUCCUUCGUUCUUCAUUCCGAACUGGUCAGCGAACAUCAACGGAAUCAGCUUCCACCGAGGCGAGUCGUUAGUUCUAGGGAGGUUCGUUCGUCCACCGUCCGAGAGCCUUUCCAGCAAUACGUGUCUUCUUCGAGGCCAUUCCAUUCACUUCCCGCGAUGGCCUAUCUCCGUACACCACCAAUGAAUGUUUCCGACGAGCCACGAGGAAAUUUCAGUCAAGUUCACCAAGCGUAUCAUCCAAUGCCAUCUUGUAGCACCCCCAAUCGAUACAGUGCUCUACCGAAUCUACAACCAGCACCACACCAUUCGCUAGAUCUACAGGGAGCUCACAGGGGCACCCUACUGGAGCCUGUCGAUCUUCCAAACGGUCUGAACAGAGAAUCUACGCUGGUUCGUCCACCUCCAUUUGUAGCGGAAAGUCGUGCAAUGCAGCACGAGCCACCAGGUGUUCUUAGUCCCCAGCAAAUAGCGGCGAGGCAAGUGGUCGGGAAAGAUUUACCAUCCUUUAGUGGCAACCCGGCCGACUGGCCACUCUUCAUAAGCAGUUUCGAGCAGUCUACGGUGGCUUGUGGGUACUCUACCGCAGAAAACCUUGUGCGUCUUCAGCGGUGCCUUACCGGGCAUGCCAGAGAGGCGGUGCGUAGUAGACUUCUUCUGCCGGGAAACGUACCACAUGUUAUUAGUACGCUUCGCACGCUUUAUGGUCGCCCUGAACUGUUAAUUCGGUCGUUACACGACAAAAUUCGAAGAACUCCGGGACCGAGACACGACCGACCGGAGUCAAUCUUGGAAUUUGGUUUGGCGGUGCAGAAUUUCGUCGAUCAUCUUCAGGCAGCGGAUCAGGAGGAGCAUUUGGCCAACCCGAUGCUCAUGCAGGAACUAGUCGAGAAGCUUCCAGGACCCAUGCGGAUGGAUUGGGCCACCUUCAAAGGUCAACAUCAACGUGCAACUGUUUCAACGUUCGGCGAGUUCAUGGCCAGGCUAGUUACCGCGGCUAGCGAAGUGAGCUUCGAUCUCCCGGGUCUACCAAAAGGACCGAGCACCGAUAAUCAUCAGAGACCGAGAGAAAAAGCGAGAAUACAGACUCAUGUGAGCGACAAUCCCGCAUCUCCAUGGUCAGCGGUAGUAAACAAUCGAAAGCUGCCAAAACCAUGUGCAGCGUGCGAACGCGAAGGCCAUAGAGUGGCCGACUGCUCCGUGUUCAAACAACUCAAUCUGAAGGAUCGGUUGCAAAAAGUGCAGGAUAUGGGCUUGUGUCGAACCUGCCUAAACAAUCAUGGCAAAUGGCCGUGCAAGUCGUGGCAAGGAUGUGGAAUCGAGGGGUGUAGACUCAAACAUCAUACUCUUCUCCAUCCAAAUACUGCUCCCACAACAUCGACGCAUUCGGUGAAUGUAUCAGCGAACGAACGUCCAUCGAACGAAGGCUAUACUCUAUUUCGAGUUCUACCCGUCGUACUCUACGGCAAUGGCAAAAGUCUAACGGUUUUCGCAUUCAUUGAUGAGGGCUCACAGAUUACAAUGCUGGAAGAGAGAGUUGCCAAAGAGCUGGGCAUAUCAGGCCCUCGAAAGCCACUCACUCUUCAGUGGACGGGGAACGUAAACCGCAAUGAACUCAAUUCGGAGGAGAUUAGUCUGGAAAUAGCUGGGAAAAAUAGUAAGAAUCACUUUGAACUGCGAAACGCGCGAACAGUAAGCUGCCUACUACUACCAGCCCAGCGGCUUAACUACAGGGAAAUGGCCGCCUGUUUCCCGCAUCUCAAAGGUCUUCCCGUUGAGGAUUAUGAUCUAGUGCGACCUAAAUUGCUGAUCGGUCUAGACAAUCUACGGCUCGGAGUACCGCUAAGGAUUCGUGAAGGAGGACCGUUCGAUCCCAUAGCCGCAAAAUGCCGCUUGGGAUGGAGCGUAUACGGUCGCGCCUCUCCAACCCCUAUUCCAAGGGCGAUUGUAAACUUCCACACGGCUGCAGCAGUGACUUCUGACGACCUCCUAAACGACCAGCUGCGAGAUUACUUCACGUUAGAAAGUCUUGGCGUCGCCGCUCCGAACGAGAAGCUGGAAUCAGAAGAAGAAAAGAGAGCAAGGCAACUUCUCGAGGAAACCACACGACGUACGACGAGUGGAUUUGAGACCGGUCUGCUAUGGAAGGGUGACGAUCCGGUAUUUCCGGAUACGUAUCCCAUGGCCGUUCGGAGAAUGAAGGCAUUAGAGAACAAGUUUCGUGGAGAUCCAGCGAUGAUGCAACGCAUAAGCGAACAACUACUCGAGUUCGAAAGAAAGGGCUACAUACGUAAAGUCGACGAAACCGAGGCAGCUACUAUCAAUACGCAAAAAACUUGGUUCCUGCCUUUGGGAGUCGUUAUCAACCCGAAGAAACCUGGGAAAAUUCGUGUGAUCUGGGACGCUGCUGCCAAAGUGAGCGGAAUAUCGUUUAACUCUUAUCUGCUGAAAGGAGCCGGUGCAGAUCUACGCAGUUCAGGUCACAAUGUUUGGCUCUACCUGCUCGCCGUCGUCUGCCCAGUUUGUCAAAACACAAAUGCCGAGCAGUAUGCACUACAGUACCCACGGGCAGCUGCCGCUAUCAAGGAGCACCACUAUGUGGACGACUACCUGGAUAGCUUCAGAACUGUCCAAGAAGCGAUUCAGGUGGUGAAUGAUGUAAAGCUGGUGCACUCCAAGGGCGGUUUCGAGAUUCGAAACUUUCUAUCAAACGAAGACGAAGUUUUAAAACGAACUGGGGAGAUCGAACCAGAUUCGUCGAAAGACUUCGCUCUUGUGCGCGCUGAAGCAAUCGAAUCAGUUUUAGGGAUAAAAUGGAUUCCGGCGGAAGAUGUAUUCACGUACACAUUUGCUAUGCGUGAUGAUUUACAACACAUUCUCCACAAAAACCACACACCAACGAAACGAGAGGUCCUGAAAGUCAUUAUGAGUCUCUUCGACCCCUUGGGGUUUGCUUCAUUCUUCCUCGUGCACGGCAAGGUGUUGAUGCAAGAUAUAUGGGCUUCGGGUAUCGAUUGGGACGAACAAAUCAGUGAACAUCUAUGCAUCCGCUGGCAGCAAUGGAUAGCUCAUUUCCCGCAACUGGAUACCUUGCGCAUACCUCGUUGCUAUUUCAGCUCUCCGUUUCCCAAAAAUUUCGAUCGAUUGGAAGUACACGUUCUUGUCGACGCCAGCGACUCUACGUACGCUUGCGUGGCUUACUACCGACUGGAAACCGAAAACGGAGUUCAAGUAUCGUUGAUCUGCGCCAAAACCAAGGUGGCACCACUUAAGGUGCUGUCAAUCCCUCGUCUGGAGCUGAAAGCGGCCGUCCUAGGUGUUAGGAUACUGGAAUCUAUUCAAGGGUACCAUACCUAUCAAAUCAGCCGUCGUUUUCUGUGGAGCGAUUCUAGCACCGUACUGGCCUGGAUCCGUUCGGAGCAUCGUCGGUAUAACAAGUUCGUAGCGGUUCGUAUCGGCGAGAUCCUUACUGUGACUGAUGUGAAGGAGUGGAAGUGGGUACCUUCUGGGAUGAAUUCGGCUGACCUCGCUACAAAGUGGAAAAAGGGUCCAAAUUUCAGCUCCACCAGCUCCUGGUUCAGCGGCCCAUCGUUCCUUCAUCAAUCAGAAGAAUUCUGGCCUCAGCAAACGCUCUCCACAACUACGUGUGAAGAACUUCGACCCAGCCUUUCCCAUGUUACAACAUCACCGUUGAUUGACGCUAGUCGAUUCAGUCAAUGGUCCCGACUGCACCGGUCAAUGGGCUUCGUGUUUCGAUUCAUUGAAAACUUACGCCGUAAACGACGAGGUGCUGAUCUACAACUGGGUGUUCUUCAUCAAGAUGAGCUACAAAAAGCCGAGGUGAUACUGUGGAAGAUUGCGCAAGCUGAAGCUUUCCCCGAAGAAAUCGCCAUUCUAUCGGAAACGCAAGGUUCUCCGAACACGCGUCACCGACGCGUCGCAAAAUCUAGCCCAAUCUACAAGAACUGGCCCUUCCUUGACCAGCACGGCGUACUUCGGCUACGUGGUCGAGUCGGUGCUGCAACCUUCGCACCGGCUGAAGCUAAGUUCCCCGCUAUUCUUCCAAGACAACACCCAAUUACUUUCUUAAUUACUGACUGGUACCACAGACGUUUUCGCCAUGCCAAUCGAGAAACCAUCACCAACGAGAUGCGACAACGCUUCGAAAUAGCUAAACUCCGUUCCUUAGUGGCGAAGGUGGCGAGAGACUGCAUGAUGUGCCGAAUAAAACAGGCCCUUCCUUGCCCUCCGGUUAUGGCGCCUCUACCGGCCGCCAGACUACAAGCGUUCGUGCGGCCAUUCACUUUCGUCGGAGUGGAUUACUUUGGACCGAUAUUGGUCAGAGUAGGAAGGAGCAACGUUAAACGAUGGGUAGCCCUUUUUACUUGUCUAACCGUUCGCGCGGUUCACUUGGAGGUAGUCUACAGCCUUUCCACCGAGUCCUGCGUCAUGGCGGUGCGACGUUUCAUAUCGCGCCGGGGAUCGCCAGCAGAAUUCCACUCAGACAACGCGACUUGUUUUCAGGGUGCGAACAAGGAGUUGCAGAAGGAAAUCGAAAAACGGAACAACGGCCUUGCUGCUACAUUCACCACGACCAAAACACGGUGGUCUUUCAUCCCCCCUUCGGCACCACAUAUGGGGGGUGCGUGGGAACGUCUCGUACGUUCCGUCAAGGUAGCGAUAGGAACCAUAGCGGACGCACCUCGUAAACCGGAUGACGAAGUGCUCGAGACAGUUUUACUGGAAGCAGAGGCCCUGAUAAAUGCACGACCACUCACGUACAUUCCGCUUGAAUCGGCGGACGAGGAAGCCCUCACUCCCAACCAUUUUCUCUUGGGGACUUCCAAUGGUGACAAGCUGCUACCAACCGAACCAGUAGAAUCGCCGGUGUGCGAUCAGUAA